CCGAGUACAAAUCCAGGACUGCUGAAUUCAGAAGAUUGCCUCCUAAACUCAAAGUGUCCUUACCAAACUUUAGACCCCAGGAAAUCCACACAGAUCAGCUGAUUGAACAGUUUGGUUCUCUCUCAGCAUUAUCCUUCACUAUAGAGGAACAAGUCAUGCCGCCACUUGGAGACGCGUACUCUGCGCAAGACCGGUCACUGAUGGAUGUACCCUGGCUUAUCACAGAUAUAGACACUGCAGUGUAUGUAGAUCUACUCGGUGUGACAUGUCUGAAUGAUACAGAAAUCUGGACGCAUGGGGAUAACAUGAUGAAACUCUUUAACCUCCGGGGGGAACUAAUGGAGUCCAUCAAAUCCAAGUCAGGAAACGAACCAGACGACAUAGCAGUCACAAGGAGUGGGGAUCUAGUUUAUACUGAUUACAAAGAUAGAACUGUGAACAUAGUGAAGAAUAAACAAAUACAGACAUUGAUCAGACUACGGGGGUGGGAACCUCGCGGUGUCUGUAGUACCUCCUCUGGUGACCUCCUGGUUGUCAUGGACAGUGAUGAUAAACAAUCCAAAGUCGUGUGUUACACUGGCUCCACAGAGAAACAAAGUAUUCAGUACGAUGACAAAGUACAACGUCUCUAUCUAUAUGGUGACAUGAAAUACAUCAGUGAGAACAGGAACCUAGAUAUCUGUGUGUCAGACUGUGACGCCGGUGCAGUAGUGGUGGUCAAUCAGGCCGGAAAAUUCCGGUUUACCUACACUGGUCCUCCCUCUACUACUAAGGGAUCAUUUAGUCCAUUGGGCAUCACAACAGACAGCCAGGGUCGGAUCCUGACAGCAGACUAUUACAACCACCGUAUCCACAUCCUGGAUCAGGACGGACAGUUCCUCCGCUACAUUGACAACUGUGAUUUAGACCGUCCAUGGGGUUUAUGUGUGGACACCAGAGACAACCUCUUUGUGGCCGAGUGUGACACAGGUAAAGUGAAGAAAAUCCUAUAUUACAUGUAA